GGAUAUAUCAUGUAAGAUACAUGUGGUGUUCAGCCCACAGAGCCAUACAAGAGUCACUUCAGAUUCCAGGAGUGGUAUAGCUGUUAUUCAUGACAGCAUGUACAGCAAGGAUCAAAGGCACAGAAGCAAAAUGUUUGUUUUUCAGUCAGUGGGUUAUAAUUCCUAAUCACGUAGAAACAUUGAUGGACGGACCAAUGCAUUUUUAUCAACUUGUGUACAUCAGUAUUCUGUCUACAGCUUGCUGCAGCUUGGCUGAGAGAUUUCUAAGAGGCCCACCUGACAACCUACAAAUGGAAUCUUUCAACUUCCAGCACAUUUUGUCCUGGCAGGCAAAAAGUGAUCCAGCUGUGCCAACGUACUAUCGUGUACUCUACACUGACUACAGUAACUGGAAGACGGCUAAACAAUGUUCAAAUAUUACACAACUGUCCUGUAAUCUCACAGAUGAUUUUAAAAAUAUUUACACUGAGUAUUCAGCAAUGGUUCAGAGCUUCAUAGGACCUGAAGUAUUCAAUUCUUCUUUACUUCGUUUUGUGCCACAUACUGACACAUUCCUGGGACCAGCAGAAGUUAAUAUCAGUUCCUGUCGAAACUGCAUAAAUGUCACAAUAAAGCUGCCAACCUCUCACUUCAGAGAAAAUGAAAAACUACUGUCUUUAAUUGAUAUAUAUGAAGAUCUUGAUUAUGUGAUAACACUGAAAACCCUUAAUCAAGAGCAUAAGAGAACACAGGAGAAAACCACUGAAGAAAUGUUUAGUACUGUCAUUGAAGAAUUGUAUCCAAAUCAAAAUUACUGUGUAUCUGUUACAGUCACUGCAUCUCUAAACAAACAUUCCAUCCCAUCAGCCUGGAAAUGUGGCAUUGCUGAGUCUGUAGCUCAACAAGAUUAUCACACAGUUACUAUCGCAGCUGUUGUCUGUUUUUUAUUGAUCUUAGCUGUUUCCCUGAAGUGUAUGCACACAGCAGGUUUUAUUCUUCUUAACAAAUUGCUUCCACGUACCUUGGUAUGCACCAGGACAUUAGCCUAUUCAACUUGGACACUGGAAUCUGAAGACAUAGCCUCUGUAGAGAUCAUUUACAAAGAGGUUAAAAAAAAAGCAAAUGAAUCCAACAGUAGUGUCAGAGAUGAGGAUGACAGUGAUGACAGUGACAGUGAUGCCAGAAGUAAUCAUGACUAUACAAGACGUGAUAUCAUAAGCAGAGUACCUCAUUCCCCUGAUGCACCAAAUGUGUUUGUGCAGUACUCUACAAACCGUACAUGUGAUGACAGCAGCAGCCAGGCAAGUGAAAAUCCAGAUACUGACUCAGAAGACUUUGAAGAGCAUGAGAUGGACAUUGAAGAAGAUAAAGACACAAGUAGUGGGUUACUUAAUUCUUUCUCUGAUGUAGAUUCUAACUAUACUUUUAAACGAAGCAACAGUGCUUGCUUUACUAUUAACUUAAAAACUGUGCUCUUGGGAACCUCUGAAGAGAAAGUGGAUGGUUCUGCAGCUCUUCUUUCUUCUGAAGAAGAUGCAGCUGACUGGCAAUGUACUCAUGGUUUUGAAGAAAAACUGGAUGACACAGAAAGUGCGCAGAAACCACACUGCCGUAACAGCUCACGUGAAUGGCAAAAUUCCACUGGCUCUUCUGAUGAGAGUGAAUCAUCAGAUUCAGAUAUGAACCAAAAAACUGAAUACAUAAGGAGAUGAGUAAUUGAGAACCACUAUUAUUUUCUAACAUACAAAUCAAUAUUGGCCAACAUUUAUUUCUGG